AUGCUUACAUUCUUCAAAAGAAGUUGGGGUAAGUUGGGGGAAAACUUGAAGAAUAUGUCAAAUUCUUGUGAUAUCUCUUUCUGCUUAUCACUUGUCAGCGAUUCUGGUUUCAGUUCUCUUUUAAAAAGAAGAGAGAAAGAACAAAGUAUAGGAGGGAUAGAGCGAUUAAUCAUUAGGAAAUAUCUCAUUGCAGGCUUGAUACCUAUAGCUCUCGUGAAGAUAUUGGAAGAUUUACUAGGAAGUAUUGUUGGUUGGAAGGAGAAAGAGAACGAUUGCAGCAGACCUGGUAGCAAGACUUUUCUGACAACCAACCACGUCCAACAAGGUACCAGAUCAAAAUUGUUUUUAUUCUGAAAGAAGUUUUCAGCCAACUAUCAUCAUCCAUUUGAAGCUUCUUCUGACCUUUUUUGCCUCGGCAUUCAGUCGAUUGUUCAGGCGCGUUUGGUUCUAAGAAAAACGCUUAAAACUGAUAAGAGGGCAUUUCUUGUUCACACUUUCAAGUUUUAGGUUUGAUGAUAAGGCAAACGUUUACUUUGCAGGACGAUCUUACCCGUCCAUUUGUCAUUGAACAGGAAGAGGCUUCACUUCUUCGGUAUCCCAAAGAAAGGACCAAUGUGCCUUUCUACCUGAUCGGAUUUGCAUUCCGAUGGGGGUUCUUGUUUCCGUUGAGAGUAGCUCUCAUGAUUGCCGCAAUAGUCUUUCUGAUAACUUCUGCUACGACAUGCGUCUUUCUGAACGCUGAGCAGAAAUACUGUUUGUUGAUCAAAACGUCGUUUCAAGCAAUGAACAUAACUUUACAGUCCGUUAUUGCGCUAUCACAUUCGCCAAGCUAUUCAGUAUUUCAACUGGUCUCAUUCUCAACUUCCAUGAUAAGAAAAAUCGUCCGAAAUUCCCAGGUGACUUCUUUUUUGACAGGUUUAUGACACUCAAGUCGUUACAGGAGUGGCGGUUGCCAACCAUCUGAGUGCGAAUGAUAUAAUGACUAUCUACGCGGGGUGUGAUUAUGAUGGAAAGGGUUACACAAUCACUGGGCAGACGCAUGGAGGAUAUCUCAGCUGCAUUAUUAAGUACGGUGGCAUAUUGACACCGCUUCUCCUCAUUAACCGAUCCAGUGAUAACGACAGAAUGUCACUUCAACGCGCUGUUGUGGAACAUUCCAAGAAGAAGGAUGAAAGUGCGUACCCAGUUCUCCUGUUUCCAGAAGGAUACUGCAGUAAUAGCAAGGCCGUGCUACAGUUCAGAAAAGGUCUUUUCGAUGGACACGCGCCCAUCUACCCUAUCGCCCUGAAACAGGACACAAGGUGAAGACGCUUGCUCGGCUUUGAAUUAUCAAUUAAUCUAUAAGAUUUGGAAACGCAUUCUGGGCUGAAAACACUUACCUACCGUAUCUGGUCCGUUUGAUGGCGUCAUGGUGUUCAAUUAUUGAUAUUUGCUACUUGGAACCCAUGCUCAAAUUCGAUACAGGUAUACAUUUCUGCCUAACUUACUGGUGUUUUUUAAUCAGAAACGGACGAGGAAUUCGCUAAACGGGUUCAAAAUGCCAUCGCAACCAAGUUGUCUGUGGAGGCAUUGCCAUUUGACGGGAAACUGAAAAGCGAGAAGGAGCGAUCAAAGUACAGGGAGAAGCUGCAAGCCUGUUUCGCCGCCAAACAAUGGGGACAAUACGACUUCAAAGAAAGUGUUCUGAUAUAA